AACGUCUCUCCUCAACAACCUUCCAAUUCUCGCGAAAUUUCUCCUCAGUAGAGAACGAGGUCUCGCUAUAAUCACUUCAGCGAUUCGCUCCGCUCGUAAGUCUCGCGAUAUCCAUGGAUUUGUUGGUACUGAGUCCGGAGCGUCGAAUGGCGGCCGCGGUUAUGUUGGGCGUAGACUCCAUUAAGUUGGAAAAUGGACAGAGCACCUCGUCUAAGCUUGGGCUCCCCCCCCUCACCCUGGAGCAGCAGGAGGCCUUACAGAAGGCAAAGAAAUACGCAAUGGAGCAAAGUAUCAAGAGCGUCUUAGUAAAACAAACCAUCGCCCAUCAGCACCAGCAGCUCACCAACCUCCAGAUGGCAGCAGUGACAAUGAGCUUUGGAGAUCCACUCUCACCUUUACAAUCGGUCGCUGCUCAGAGACAACGUGCCCUCGCCAUAAUGUGCCGCGUCUACGUGGGCUCCAUCUACUAUGAGCUGGGAGAAGACACCAUUCGACAGGCGUUUGCACCGUUUGGACCAAUUAAAAGCAUAGACAUGUCCUGGGACUCUGUCACGAUGAAGCACAAGAUAAAAAAAAAUAUUCAGUUUGCCCAUCAUUCUGCGGGAUUUGCGUUUGUGGAAUACGAGGUCCCGGAGGCGGCGCAGCUGGCCCUGGAGCAGAUGAACUCCGUCAUGUUAGGUGGAAGAAACAUAAAGGUGGGCAGACCCAGUAACAUUGGCCAGGCGCAGCCCAUCAUCGACCAGCUGGCGGAGGAGGCGCGUUCCUUCAACAGGAUCUACGUGGCGUCUGUCCACCAGGACUUGUCAGACGAUGACAUCAAGAGUGUUUUUGAGGCCUUCGGAAAGAUCAAGUCCUGUAUGUUGGCGCGAGACCCCACGACGGGAAAACACAAAGGUUACGGCUUUAUAGAGUAUGAGAAGUCCCAGUCCUCGCAGGAUGCAGUUUCCUCCAUGAACUUGUUUGAUUUGGGUGGUCAGUAUCUUCGAGUAGGAAAAGCGGUCACGCCGCCCAUGCCGCUCCUUACGCCAGCCACACCUGGGGGCCUGCCGCCUGCCGCUGCUGUUGCUGCAGCUGCUGCCACUGCCAAGAUCACAGCACAGGAAGCGGUUGCCGGAGCAGCGGUCCUUGGCACACUGGCCAGUCCUGGUCUUGUCUCUCCAGCGCUAACCCUAGCACAGCCGUUGGGGGCACUGCCUCAGGCUGUCAUGGCGGCACAAGCCCCGGGAGUUAUUACAGGUGUAACCCCGGUGCGACCCGCUCUCCCGGUGACCAUCCCACAAGUGGGGCUUGUGAACCCCAUAUUGUCCAGCCCCCCAGCUGUGGCACAAAUAGAGGUUAAGAAGGAGAAGGAAGAAGAGGAGCUGGCACCGGAGGUGGAGCGGCCGGAGAUGCUGAGCGAGCAGGAACACAUGAGCAUCUCUGGGAGCAGUGCCCGGCACAUGGUCAUGCAGAAGCUUAUGCGCAAGCAGGAGUCCACGGUCAUGGUUCUGCGCAACAUGGUGGAUCCCAGAGACAUUGAUGAUGACCUGGAGGGGGAGGUGACGGAGGAAUGUGGCAAGUUUGGCGCUGUGAACCGGGUGAUCAUUUAUCAGGAGAAGCAGGGCGAGGAGGAAGACGCCGAAAUAAUCGUUAAAAUAUUUGUAGAAUUUUCCAUGGCCAGCGAGACGCACAAAGCCAUCCAGGCGCUGAACGGUCGCUGGUUCGCCGGACGGAAAGUGGUGGCAGAGGUUUAUGACCAAGAAAGGUUCGACAACAGUGAUCUAUCGGCGUGAGCCCACCUGGACUAUCACCCCCAUCCUCCCCACCUGUCCUUGUACUGUUUAUUUUUUAUUAUUGUGGAUUUGUCCUUAUUCUGCAGAGUAGAAUUCUGGGUAAUAAAAUGUCCGCUGCUUUUUUU